UCAUGCAAGGCGCGACGCUAAUCCAUGUCCAUCACGCGGUGAGUGUGUGAAGUCUGAAAUCAACGUGACAUCGUGCUCAUUUUAAAUCAUGAAAGAAAAAAGCGUGAGUUCCAGUCGAAAGAAACCAAGAGGCGCUCUGAUAAAAGGCAGCGCUGACCCAGUUAAAUGCUUCGAGAAAUGGAAGAAGAAGAACAUGAAAGGCAGAGCUCGAGUGAAACAGACCAGAGCGCAGAAGAAGAAACCCGAGUGGCAGCUGGAAAAAGAAUACAUCGAAAGUCUGGUGAACAGGUAUGGUGAGAUCAACACCAAGGACGUUCUCAAGUUUUCGGAUUUCCCGAUCUCGAAGAAGACCCUGCUGGGUCUGCAGGAGGCUCAGUACCGCCAGCCUACGGAGAUCCAGAGGCAGACAAUCGGCUUCGCUCUGCGGGGCAGAGAUGUUCUUGGUGCGGCGAAGACUGGUUCCGGAAAGACCUUAGCCUUCCUCAUUCCGGUACUGGAGUGUCUGUACCGCCAACAGUGGAGCUCAAUGGACGGCCUCGGAGCCCUCAUAAUAUCACCAACCAGAGAACUCGCUUACCAAACCUUCGAAGUUCUCCGCAAAGUGGGCAAGAAUCACGAGUUCUCUGCGGGGCUUGUAAUCGGGGGUAAGGACCUGAAGAGCGAGUCAGAGCGGAUCUGCCGCACCAACAUCGUGAUAUGCACCCCGGGCCGGCUGCUGCAGCACAUGGACGAGACAGCCACCUUCCAUGCUAGCAGCCUGCAUAUGCUUGUCCUCGACGAGGCGGACCGCAUCCUGGACAUGGGAUUUUCAGACACGCUCAACGCCAUAGUGGAGAACCUGCCCAAGUGCCGACAGACCCUGUUGUUUUCUGCCACACAGACAAAAAGUGUGAAAGAUCUGGCCCGCCUUAGUCUCAAAGAUCCAGAGUACCUGUGGGUUCAUGAGAAAGCCAAGUUCAGCACACCGGCCACCUUGGAACAAAACUAUAUGGUGUGCGAGUUGCACCACAAGGUCAACAUGCUUUACUCGUUUAUCAGAAGCCACCUGAAGAAAAAGGUCAUUGUGUUCUUUGCUUCCUGCAAGGAGGUCCAGUACCUGUUUCGAGCCUUCUGUCGACUAAGACCUGGGAUUACUAUCCUGGCCUUGCAUGGCAAGCAGCAGCAAAUGAAGAGGGUGGAGGUCUACAACAAUUUCGUCAAGAAGCAGAGCGCUGUUCUGUUUGCCACAGAUAUUGCUGCAAGAGGUCUGGACUUUCCUGAUGUCCAUUGGGUCCUGCAGUUUGACUGUCCAGAGAAUGCAGACACCUACAUCCACAGGGUAGGCCGCACGGCAAGGUACAAGGAGGAUGGAGAGGCUCUGCUGCUUCUGCUCCCCUCUGAGGAAAAGGGGAUGUUGGCCCAGCUGCAGGAGAAGAAGGUUCCCAUCAAUCAGAUACAAGUGAAUCCAGAAAAAGUGCAGUGUGUGCAGCAGAAGCUUGAGGCCUUCCUAGCCCAGGAGAUGGAGCAGAAAGAGAGAGCCCAGAGAUGCUUUGUUUCCUACCUGCGUUCGGUGUAUCUGAUGAAAAACAAAGAGGUGUUUGACAUUUUUAAACUGCAGAUUAAGGAUUACGCUCUAUCCCUGGGCCUCGCUGUGGCCCCCAGGGUGCGCUUCCUCAGUAAAGCACAGGCACAGAGAGCAGAUGAGGAGCAGUAUAAUAGAGAGGAAGUACUCUGGAGUGUUAAGGGCCAGGUGCGACAGAAGCUGCCACUGGAUUGUGAAGUUGUUAAAUGUGACACAGAAAAAAAUGUAGACAAGUCCUUAACAGCACUUCUAGGUGACAACAGUGGAGAUCAGGAUGAUCUUCGGGACUUAGAACUGCUUACAGUCAAAAGAAAGGAUGUCUUUAAUCUGACAGGCGACCCAGAGUGGGCAGAGGACCCUUUCCAGGGCCUAAAAAACAAUGCAGGUAAAGAAACAAAGUACAAAGAGGCCAAAAAACUCCAAAGGAGAAACUUCCAAGUCAACACCAAAGUGACAUUUAAUGAAGAAGGAGAGGCUUUGCAGCUCUGGCCCCCAGUGCAGCAACCAGUAGCUGGCGAGGAUGGCAAUGUUUUAGGCAUCAAUGUGGAAAAGGCCAAAGAGAGGCUGAGACAUGAGGACCAGGAGUUUGACAAGAAAGAGUACAGACGCAAGGUUCAAGCCAAACACAGAGAGAAGAGGCUCAAGGCCAAAGAGGCCAGGAGGGAGGCAAGUGACCGGCGAUGCAGGUCUGAUGUGGAGAAUGAAGUUGUGGCACACCUGGUCAGCCACAGCGAGGGCGACUUUGACUCUAGCACCCUGCCAGACCCUGAUCAGUUGCACUUGUCAGAAGACGAGGAGGAGGGGUACAAUAAAAGACAACACAGCAGUGAUGACGAAGUGGAGGAGCUUUCAGCAGUCAAGAGGAAGAAAGGAAAGCAGCUGGAUAUUGAGCACACAGGCCUGGAUACCGGCCUCUCUCUGGCUGAAGAUGAGGAACUGGUCUUACAUUUGCUGGGUGGACGAAUGUAGAGAUGGACAACCAGAGACUGAAAUAUCUAUCUGACUGAAAACACAUUUAAUGAUUGAAUUUAGUGCUGAUCUGAACACAUUAUUGUUACAGAGAAAAGUAUCAAUUUAAUGGACUAGUCUGAUGUUUUGGUACAGCUGUCUUAGAGUACUUAGAGAAAUACAAUUUUGAUGUUUAUCUGGUUAACCUGACGUUUAUCAUGACGUUUUAUGACUGGGUCAUAAACAUGGCAUAUGUUUUAAAUGGUAACCAGCAGUUUAGGUUUAUGCUAAUUUCUUUUUCCAUAACAGGAGUUUCUCCCAAUGUAAUAAAAUAACAAAUCAUGGUUAGUCCCAAUAUUCCUUGACAUUUUUUCCUUAUUGAUUCCUGUUUAGCUUUCAACGCUGGCUAUUGUUAAAAGCUGGUUUUUUCAUUUAAAUUCAAUAAAUCUAUAAAUGAUACACAA